UAUCAAAAGAUUCAAUGUCGUCGCGAAUUUAAUCGCUUUAAAAAAUUUGAUUUUAUACUAUAAUUCUGCUAUUGCAAAGUUUUCCCUUUUCGUACUGGUGUUCAAAAUCAAUCUAAAGCAAUGGGAAAAGGAUUCAACAACUAUAUGUGCAAGAAGUUUUUUCAUCCUGCUUCUCGCGAUAAUCUUAAACGAGUAUGGAUGGCAGAGCAACAAGCAGAGGCAUAUAAAAAGAAGCAAGAAGAACUUCGAAAUCAAUAUGAGAAAGAACAGGAAUUGCACGACAACAAAGCCAUGCUUAGCAAGGAAAGUAAAGACAAACUUAGCGUCAACUUCAUGUACGAGCUGCCUCCGGGCAUGAAGAAGGAAAGGGAAAAGGAAACAUCCAACGAAACCGAAUACAAAUUUGAAUGGCAGCGGAAGUAUAAUGCUCCACGAGAAAGCUAUUGUAAAGGCGAUACCGAAAUCAGAGAUCAACCAUUUGGCAUACAAGUUCGUAACGUUCGUUGUAUCAAAUGCCAUAAGUGGGGCCAUAUAAAUACAGACAAGGAGUGCACAAUGUACAGUCUAUCUAUGAGUGAGGCAAAAAAAAUUCAUUCUGAAUCAGAAGCAAACCAGAUUUUAUCAAAGAAUGAUUUGGAGCAGGGUCUUCGUGAAGAUGGACUUGCAAUGAAAAGAAGUGCCAAAGAACUGGCAACAUCUCAUCAACUUAUUGAGGAGCCCGGACUAGAGAAAAUCCAAUCUGAAACUGAUUUUCUAAAAUCACUGACUACAAAGCAAAAGAAAAAACUGUUAAAAAAAUUAGAGAAAAUUGAAAAAAGACACAAAGCAGAAUCAAAGAACAAGAAGAAGAAGAAGAAGCAUGCUUCAAAUAGUUCGACAGAUUCGUCAUCAGAUGACGAAAAACUGCAUCGUUCGCAAGGGGAAUUCCGAAGAAAUAAACGAAAGUACUCUUCCGACUUAGACGCUGAAAAAUGCAGAGCUAGAAAACGCUCGCGUUCUCCAGAUACAAAGCGUUAUUAUCGCUAUAAUGAUAGUAAGAGAAACCGUGGCAGAGAUCGUUCAGACAGUCCCCGAGAUCGCAAACGACGUUGAAAUCACAAGGCGUCUAUAAACCUUUGAAUAUAUUUAUUUCUUGCGAUGCCAUCGAUGGGACAUGGCAUAUGGCGAUGUGAUAUUUGACGCGUCAUUGAAUUCGCAGUAUAAUCUGAAACGUGUUUAUCUUACUUUUAAACGUGCUUGGUUGCAAAUUUAUUCGAUAAAACAU